AUGAAGCUUUUCGUCUUCGUUGCGUUUCUUGCCGUGCUGGUAACGGUAGUUUCAGCAUAUAUUAUUACCCAUCUCAAUACAAGAUCUCAUGCAGACAGGAAGGAAGACCAUGAAAUAUUUGAUCUAGUCACUGCUCUUGAAGCAUCCGAGGGCAAGGGCACCACGUUCUACUCUUGGCUGGAUGUGUCUUCGACGGCAACCCUUGUCCAGAUUAAUAAGGCGUACAGGAAGAAAAGCAUGCAGCUCCAUCCGGAUAAAAAUCCUGGUGUGAAGGGCAUUCAUGAAAGGUUUGCACGUCUGGGAGUCAUUGCAACCAUUUUGAAAGAUACCGAGGGACGUAAGCGGUAUGACUUUUUCUACAAAAAUGGUGUACCGAAAUGGAGAGGCUCGGGCUACUAUUAUGCCCGGUUCAGGCCAGGCCUAGGGACUGUCCUGGUAUUCCUCAUCAUCCUCACAUCUGGGCUUCAAUAUCUCGUGCAGACAUUGAAUUACAAACGGGACCUGCGGCGCGUUGAGCUGGCCAUACGGGACGCCAGACUUGCGGCUUGGGGCCCAAAGAUGGAACCACUCCAAGGAAAACGGAAGGUUAAGGUCAACCUUGGCGGUGGUCCUCGUCAAGACGAAGAUGGCAAUGUUGUUGCCGGGAAAAUGCUUGAUAUGGUCGUAGAACAAGACAAUGUAUUCAUUCUGGAUCCCUCGGGUAGUCUGCACCUCCUGGAUACAAAUUCCGCUACUCCUGCAGCCAUUUCAAGAACAUGGUUCAUCGAGCUAUUGAUCGGCAGUAUUCGUAAAUUCCGUUACUCCAAAGAAAAUUUCCAAAAAGGAGUAGAUAACGAGCAAAGUGCGGCCACUGUUGACAGACCCGACUCUCCUGCGAGUGGAACUGCUACGCAUAGUGGAACAAGCGAGGGUGAAGAACCUAGGCAGACAGGCCAUGCUGCAGCAGUGAAAGCUGGUGGGAGAAGAAGAAAGGCGACAAGGAAACGGUGACCACAUGUCGUACAGUUCUUCGGUAACCUGCAGGGAUUUAGAGUUGCGAUAUAUAUGUGGUACUAGCCUCGCUAAUUCCAGAUUAGAUGUGAUGGUUUCAUUAACCCCGUGGUCAAAGAUGAUCAUGUGGUUAUUCGUUAGACAUCUAGCUUUCUAGUUACUGGUGAUCAUUUGCGCCACUGCUGGCAUGCCGGCAGGUGACCAUUGCAUCCAACUCCACAUCGCAGGGGUGGCGAAACAGAUGG